AUUUUAUAAAUGGUGUUUUAGCAUUAAUUUUGAUAUAUUAACCGCCUUGGAACCAGUUAUCGAAAUUACUGUCGAUAUACAUAUAUAUAUUGAGUGCAUCGCCAAAAGCCAGAGAUGAUGAACGAGGGAAACAUGAAAUUGAGAUAUGAGAUGUCGGAGGACAGUGAUGCCAUGGUCGAUAUGGAAGCCGACAAUGAACAGCUAGAAAACACACGCUCGCUUACAAAAUCCAUGAAGAACAAACGUCGCAGCUACGUCUGGAAUUAUUUUAAUCCAGUUCCCGAUCACUCGGAUGUCUACAGGUGUCAGAUCUGCAACGAAACAUUUGGCAACAAGACCGCCAACCUGGGGCGUCACCUGCAAACUGUGCAUGGCGUCAAUGAUGUGCAACCUGACGAUGCUGUUAAAAAAGGUCGUCCAAAUCGCAGCAUUGUGUGGAACUUCUGCACCAAGCUGGAUCACAAGCGGGCACUGUGCCAUCUCUGCAAGAAGGUGCUAUACUUUGGCGGUGGCAACACCUCCAAUAUCACCAAGCAUCUGAAGCGAAUGCACGCGGAGAAGAUCGAAGAAGUCACAUAUCAUAUGCCACGCAGCCUACAGUUUGGCGCAGAUCCCGCUUCGGCCUUUAGAAGGGAACGCAAAGGCUCCAGUUACGUGUGGAACUAUUGUGAUAAGCUGUCGAAGAACACGGUGCUCUGCAAGCUGUGCAACAGACGCAUGCGUUUCCACGGCACAGCAAAUGUGAUCACGCAUUUGCAGCGCAGACACGACAUCAUGGACGAGACGACCGUGGUAAAAGUGGAGUCCAGUGAUAAUGUGCAAGAUGUCGCAACAUCCAGCACUUCCAAUGAACAGGGAUUGCCAUCGACCCGGCGCAGCAUCAUUGGCAGCGUCGUCUGGAAGUACAUAACACGACUCUCGGAGGACACGGUGCGUUGUCGUGUGUGUCUGAAGAACUUGUCGUAUCAGGGCACCAGUAAUCUACAGCGACAUCUGCAUCGCAUGCACAACAUUAUAUGGCAUCUACAGGAUGCCAGCCAAGUGGGUGUUAAGUUGGAAUCACAAGAUGCAGACAUGGAAAGUUCGUUCUUUAGCUUUUGCGAGGCAACCAGCGAGUCUGGAGUGUGGAAGUGUCAAAUGUGUGCAGAGCAAUUUGAAGAUAACGAACACAUGGAGGAUACCAUUAGCAGGCACAUGAUCAAGAUUCAUGGGGCGGCAAUGCGAUGCGAGUACGAUGAUGACUAUGCUGUUGUGGAACAGGAGAGAGACGAGCUGGGCACGCUUUACUCCGCAGUGAUUAGUGAGGAUAGCAAUUCAGGCGGAGACAGUGGCGAGCGAGCCGAGCCAUUAGAGAUUUUAGCGCCCAUCUCCGAUGAAGCUCUUUACAACGACAUCAUCGAAGUGGAAGAUGAUCUCAACGAUGUAGAAGAAAUCGGAGCUGACUUAUAUGAAAGUGCUGCAGGUGAAAAAUCACCAUCGCUGCAAUCGGGUGAAAAUGCCUAUUCCGAUCUGAGCAAUCAGAGCAACGAUGCGCAGCUGGUAACGACAACAAUACAGUCGGAUGAUACUCCACUGAUGAGGGAACUAAAAGAGGAUGUUUUGCGACAGCAGGCUAUGUAUUUCAGCGAAAAAAGCUGGUUUCUAUCGCAUGCAAAAGUUUCUGGUGGCGCAACAGGUGCGCAAAGAGCGUUUGGAAUUUGA